AUGGCGCUCGCCACGCUGCUGGCGCACCUCGCGGCGGGCCGCUUCGCCGGCGUGCUGGCGCUCACGAGCGGCGGCGCGCCAACCGCGUCCGCCGCGCACCGCGUCCUCCACCUCCUCCUCCGCACCUCCCCGCCGCCGCCCCUGCUCCCGCGCCUUGUCGCCCUCGCACGCUGGUCUCGGGCCCACUUCCGCGCGCCGCUCCCGCUCCGGCUCCACGCGCUCCUCCUGGCCCGCCUCGCCUCCGACGGCGGCCUCCACUCUCUCCUCCGCUCCGAGCUCCACGCCCUCGCGGCGGGCGCCUCCACUCGCCCGCGUCCAUCCUCCGCGCCCUCCCCGCUUCGUCCCGCCCGCUCGUCGCCGACAUGCUCGUCCUCGCGCUCGCCCGGGCCUCCCAGCCGCUGGCCGCCUACGAUGCAUUUCUCCUCGCGGGCGCCGACUACCCGCGCUACCGCCCUUCGGCCUUCUCCGUGA